AUGUUAGUUCCACCAAACACAAUAGCCACGCAGUUUAAUUCCUAUUGUCCUGAUAAUUCCCUUUCUUCAUAUUAUUCAAUGGACCAAAAUAGAAUGAUAAUUUCAUAUCCUGGCAAUCUAUUGCAUUCAUCAAAAGGAUUAUCAUCUCAAGUACCAUCAUCUGAUCCAAUGCAACAAUAUCUUCAUCAUGCACCAUCAUUACAUUAUGUUCAAAUGAAUAAUAUGGAUCCCUUGCUUGGUUCAUCAUCUAGCCAUCCACAAGCACAUACGCGUUUUUCAUCUAUGACUGACAGUAGUUCUGGUAUGAGAUCACAAUGUUAUCAUCCUUAUAAUUAUCCACGUAUAGAUCCUUCUUCUCAUCCAAUGAAUUUAAAUGAUAGUCAAUCAUCAUCAUCACAAUCAAUUACUAAUGCAUCUGUUCCAACAACAAUGUCAACUCAGCAAUUAAAUAUUGAAAAUUUAGGUCCCGAUGGGACACCAAGUGAACGAAAAACAGGUGCAAUUGGAAAUAUUCUUGAUUCUCAACAUCAACAAUCUUUAUUCAAUGAUCCAUUAUAUCUUUCAAUACUACAUGAUAUACAAAUACCACCAUCAAACCGUGAUAUUAAUGAUGAGCCACCUUAUUGA